AGUACGGGCCUUUGUCCUGGCUGAGUAUAAAAGCGCGGAGGCUCCUUGGCCAGAGCCGCAGAAGGAGUUCACCGCUGGACAGCUGCAGAUCGAGCAGGAUGCCGUGGUUGGCCAUUUCCAUAACGGCGCUGGCUCUGCUCAGCGUGGCAAGCAAAGGAUACGCCAGUGUGUACUCCAGUGAUGUAGACUUCGAUGAAAUGGUGGGAGUAAGAAGCUGCGAGCCACAAUGCCUGGACCAGCAGGCGGAGGAGCAGCAGUCGGAAGGCAGCACUUCCAAGAUGCUUAGUGCCCUUUUCGGCUUCGGCGCCAGUACGCCGCGCCCCACUGACUCUGCGAUGGCGAUGCCCCAUCAGCUGCCGCCCAUGUACUACAACGAUUUCUACGAGGAUCUGCUGACCACCAAACGCAACGAUGUCCACUCUGCCGGCUGCGAUUGCAAAGUUACGAACGAGCUCCUGGAUCUGGGCAGCAUGCACUUUCCACGCUUUCUGAUGAAUGCCGUUUGCGAAUCUCGUUCUGGAAGGGAUCUGGCCAAGUGCUCCCGUGGAUCCAAUUGCCGGCCAUUGGAAUACAAGGUGAAGGUCCUCGCGCAGGGAUUUCAGCCUGAUCAUCCCAACUCCUGGAUGAACAAGGAUCAACAUCAGACCUGGCAGUUUAAAACCGUCACCGUAACUGCAGGCUGCUUCUGCGCAAAGUGAUUGAAAAGGAUGUGAAGUACUUUUGAUGUGUAAGUGUGUAAUAUUUAUAUAUUAAAGCGCCAAAAAGACGUCAAAGGGGAUUUAUUGCACAGGACAUUCAACUUGAAAGAAUAGUCAUUUGUAUAAAACAUGAAUAAGGCAUAUUUCGGUUCUUAAUUAGGCACUGACAUGGUAUAUACGGGUAAGACGAGCUGAACAAGUGAAAACCCUGUUUUUUUGUGAACUGUGUAAGUAACACAAUUUGAAUUUCUCUUAAUGCUACGAAACAGACGGCGUAUCUAAAAUUUGCUUUAAAAUGUGUAAAGUCUUCUAUAAGAAAUCUAAAAUUGGUAAAGUAUUCGAGAGGAAAGUCUACUCUAAAAGGCGUCAAUCAAGUAAUUGAAGUCAAGGCACUUGUGAUCUUCAGAAAUGGACGGUUUAUAAACUUAGCUUAUGGACGGCUUUUUGAAAUAUUA